UUCUUUCUUGUCAUUUUGUGUGUCGCCAUUAGCCACACAGUCCAAGUGCAAGUCAGCUUAAAUCUGAGUUUAGUUUUUUAAAAAUAGCGAUGUCGAAAAGCGGAUAUAUAUGUGUAUAACUUUACUAAUAAACGUGUAUCAGUAAUUAGUCGUUUAAAUGCACUGAGAAGAAGCUAACGUUAUUAACAAUUUAGCUAGCUAGCUAGCUAGCAAAGGUUAGCAAGUUGCUAACCGCUUGCUUGCUAACAGUAGCGGAACUAGCUGCUUGUACAAGCCAGCGAGACAGCAAGCUAACUUGGUGCUGGUGCUGCAGAUCAGGCUGAUUCGGUUACUGCCCGGCUGUGGUAUAACUUGGUUAUACUCGUGCAUUUUCAUUCAGUAGAAGAACUCGUCUGGAUUUUAAAUUCACUCUCGAUAAAGCUGCUUAGUUGCAAGUUUGUUAGCUAACAUUAGUUAUGAUAGUGCGCUUGCUUGGCAAGUUUCUCUGCUUAGAGUAGUUUAGUGGGCAAGCUAACGUUGGUCUGCCAGCCAAACACAAUUAGCCAACAGCAAGCAACGUGGCCUGAAUAUCAAAUAAAAGCUCUACUCGCUGAUUGACAGUGUUGUGAAAGUAAGAAGUAGCUCCCAGCCGUUUUGUUGUUUGAAUAGUCGGAUAAUAUCGUGCCUGCGUUGGAUUUUUGUUGACUGUGGACUACUCCGAAUGUUAAGAAGACUUCUCAUUUCCGGCGGAGCUGGCUUGACACCGCUCAUCUUCAACUAAGUUCUCUGCCACCCACCCGUGGUGAGAGUGUGCAGGUCUUGACUUGGAUAUUUGGAUUUCUGAGUGGAGUUUGGACAGAGCACGAUGUCCGAAGGUGAGGGAAAGCCCACGCAGGGCACUGCCCCAGCAUCAGCGCUGGAUAGCAAGCCCGAGUCUGUGGCCUCUGCCCCCAGCGUCGGCCAGGUCUCGCCCCCGGUCUCCACGGUGAAUCAGGGUCCACCUGCAGCUGCCACGGAAGACGAGGAAGAGGAGAGUGAGGAUGAAUCUGAGAUCCUGGAGGAAAGCCCCUGUGGUCGCUGGCAAAAACGCCGGGAGGAGGUGAACCAGCGCAACGUCCCUGGCAUUGACAACGCCUACCUGGCUAUGGACACCGAAGAGGGCGUGGAGGUGGUGUGGAACGAGGUCAUGUUUUCCGAGAGGAAGAACUUCAAACUGCAGGAGGAGAAAGUGAAAGCAGUGUUUGACAACCUGAUCCAGCUGGAGCAUCUGAAUAUCGUCAAGUUCCACAAGUACUGGGCUGAUGUGAAGGAGAAUCGAGCCCGGGUCAUCUUCAUCACAGAGUACAUGUCCUCAGGGAGCCUCAAACAGUUCCUCAAGAAGACCAAGAAGAAUCACAAGACCAUGAACGAGAAGGCCUGGAAGCGAUGGUGCACCCAGAUCCUGUCUGCCCUCAGUUAUCUGCACUCAUGUGACCCUCCCAUUAUCCAUGGCAACCUGACCUGUGACACCAUCUUCAUCCAGCACAACGGUCUGAUUAAGAUCGGAUCAGUGGCCCCUGACACAAUCAACAACCACGUGAAGACGUGUCGAGAGGAGCAGAAGAGCUUGCAUUUUUUCGCUCCAGAAUAUGGAGCGGUUGCCGAUGUCACCACAGCUGUCGACAUCUAUUCCUUUGGAAUGUGCGCCUUAGAGAUGGCUGUGCUGGAAAUCCAAAGCAACGGGGAGUCGUCUUACGUCUCACAAGACGCCAUCAACAGUGCCAUUCAGUCCUUGGAGGACCCGCUGCAACGGGAAUUCAUCCAGAAGUGUCUGGAGAUGGACCCUGCUAAGAGGCCUACAGCGCGCGAGCUGCUCUUCCACCAGGCUCUGUUCGAGGUGCCUCUGCUGAAGCUGCUCGCCGCACACUGCAUCGUCAGCCACCAACACAUGAUCCCUGAGAAUGCUUUAGAGGAGAUGACCAAGAACAUGGACCUUAACCUGAUCAUUGUGGAGAGCAGUCCUUUAGGGGUCCAGUUAAAGCUUUCCCAGUUUCCUGCCUUGGAGUUGGAUAAGUUCCUGGAAGAUGUGAGGAAUGGCAUCUACCCCCUGACGGCGUUCGGAGUGCCCUGUCCUCAGCAGCCCCAGCAGGAGACGGUCAAGUCUCCCAUCGUGCCCCCGUCGGUCAAGACCCCAACGCCCGAGCCUGCCGAGCUGGAGACCAGAAAGGUCCUACAGAUGCAGUGCAAUAUUGAGCCAGUGGAGGAAGGCGCCAAGCAUCAUUUGACCCUGUUACUGAAACUGGAGGACAAGCUGAACAGGCAUUUAAGUUGUGACUUAUUACCAAAUGAAAAUGUGCAGGAGCUCGCUGUGGAGUUGGUUCAGCUUGGCUUCAUCAGUGAGGGGGAUCAGCUGCGUCUCGCCUCCGUGCUGGAAGAAGCCUUCAGUAAAUUCUACAGCCGCAACGGCUCCCUGAACCCCGUCACUGUUUCCUCGUAGCAGCAGGGGCGUGUUAAAGACGCCCGCCCACCCUCCCACCCUCCCUCCCUCCCUCCCCGUCGCCCCUAUUCCACCCAGCCUCCAUGAGCCCUUCCAGUAUCGCCUCUCGCUGCAAGCCUCCAGCCCACCCAGGAGGACGGACACCGGCAUGCUCCAUCGCCCAUUGGAUUAUGGGAGAAAUUGCUUUGCAACGGGGGGGCUUCAGGGGUGGGGGGAAGCCACUCGUCGUCUGUGUGUGUGUGUGUGUGUAUGUGCGUGUCUGUGUGUGUGUAUGUGCGUGUCUGUGUGUGUGUGUGUGUGUGUGUGAGUGUGUGCGCGCAUGUGUGUGUGUGUUUACACCCCACCCCAGUGAGUGCAUGACACCCCCCGCCCAUGAUGGCAUGACGUCUUUCUGCAGCUGUAGGCCGGGACAGGGAAAGGGAAGGGAGAAGAGAGGAGAGGGGGAGUUUGAGUCCUUUUAUACGUUUGUUAUAUAUCUGUCAGUGUAGCUGUCCGCUUCUCUGUUUUAAAAGAAGAAAGCACCUCGGUUCUUAUUUAAAGUCAGUAUUACUUAUUGGUCUUUUUUGGAAACAUGUUUUUUGACUUCUGAUAUCCUAUGGGAAUAGACUUUUUUUUUUUUUUUUUUUUUUUCCCCAAGAGUUGCUUUGAGUUGUGGGUUGCGUGCAAAUCCAUGCAAAUCGCUCUCAAGUCCUCUCUCUCACUGUCGGUAACCGUGUAUGCAUGGUGUCAUAAAUGAACCCAGUUGUGAUCAAUCUGCAGUCCACUUCUCACACUUGUUCCCUACCUGAUUCUGCAAUCGGGAGUCAGUGUUACUAUUUUUUUUUAUUAUUAUUAUUAUUAUUUCUUCUUACAUAAUGCCCUAUCAGAGAAGUUUAACUACCCUUCUUUUGGUAGGGGCUAAAAAAAAGAUUCAAUUCCUGUGGUUAUAAUCAUGAUGCAUUCAAUUCAUCUGAGCCAAGACUGUGAAAGGGAGAGAACGCCGAGUGAAAAGCGGUUUAUUUAUCUAUGUAGUCAUCAGUAGUCUAUUUUUUUUCACUUUUCAGCACUGUGUGGCUGUUUAUUUGUUUUUUGUUUGUUUGUUUUAUUAUUAUUUUUUUAAAUCGAAUGUUUUCCGUUACCAUAUAACGUUUCAUCUAAGUACAGUUUCAGUCAAGGGGCACGAGACUGGACUAGUUCCCUCUAUAGGACUUCUUAGUGUGACCUUUCUUUUGUCGGCGAGUUUACACCCUGCGUGUUUCUGUGCCUUCUAAGAUAACAAAACAAAACAAAAACAAAAACAAAACAAACAAAAAUAAAAACAGCCACCACUAUCCUAUAUUCUACAUUCUUAUCUGACUUAUCAGCAACCAUCUUGAAAUUCAUGCAAAAACGCUUUGACAUCUACCAUCCACCUGAGGGCCUCUGAGUAGCCAGUACCUUAUGUGAAAAAAAAAUGUCUCUAUAUAUAACAAAAAUGCAUGAACAUAGUAUGUUUACCUUUGAUUUCACAGCUUGGUUAAAGCCACUUCCAAGUUGAACUAGAGGACAGGUACAGUGUUUGAUGGUUUUCUUGUGACUGGAAAGAGGCCUUCUGUUUGCUCUUGGUUCCCAGACAAAUAAAGUUGUUGGUUGUGGGUUGCAGGUGUCAUGCAUGCCCCAGUCACUGGGUGUUGUGAUCUCAUCAACUGAAGUCUUAUUGAAGGCUUCCACAAUAACACCCUGGCUUCGUAGGCUGCAAGACAUGCUCUUUGCUGGAAGAUCCAACUAGCUGCUAGUUUGCACUACUGUAUUCCCUAAUUGUUGAUUUUCACAGAUCCGUGUUUUAAAAGCCUUUGGAAACAUUGCUUUAAAGGUUACUUCUGGGACUGGUUCUUGUGGAUAUAUUACUGUUGAAUGCCCUUAGAAGAGAGGGGGUUUACCUUCAAAUAAUUUCCUAGUUUUGUCAUUUCUUGGGAAAGACAGGGGAGUUGACUAGUAGAAUGUCCAGGCUGUUCAUUUCUCUAUUGUACCAUCGGAAAAUAGUCCAGGUGUUUUGGAAUAGGAUGAGGAAUGACAUAAAUCUUCCAAAUCAUUCCUUUUAAUGGACUAAAAUUAUUCCAGUGACGGCUAAUGUCCUAAAAUCUUCCCCUCAGAUGAUACAAUCAAACAUUUUCUGCCUUCAAGUAAUGGGCUGUGAAAUCGAACUCUCUGCAAUAUGUCAUCCCAAUAAACUUGUCUAAUUACCUUGUAAGAGCCAGUGAAAUAAAAAUGGUCCGCCCUCCACAAAGCACUUGGUUGGUUUCCAAAGAAGUUUAUGUCUGGAGACCAUGAAAUGCUUAUCCCUAGUUUCAUUCUUCGUGGCUAUAUUCCAGAAGGGUUAAGUCUGGUAUAGGAGACAUGGCCAUUGUCCACUGUUGUCAAAAGGAAAUUAGCUGCCUUACCACUCAACAAGUGAACCCUCUUGCACCAUUUUGUGGAAAACGACCAUGAUGGGUUUCAGAUGUUGGAAGAGUUUGUAGAGGCCAGUUUUGCUUUCAGGUGAAAUAGCUCUAGACAUAAAAAUGUACUGGGUGUGUUUUUAUUUUCUAUCUCAUCAAAUGUUUUUGCCCAUUAAGUUUCAACCAAAAUACAUCAGAUCAAUUUGUUAGGCCCUAUUGAUACACGAGCCAACGGUUCCUUGCACAUAAGGAAGAAGGAGACGAGUUUUAACCAAAACCCACAUGGGUUCCCUCAAACCUGAAUGAACACGCACAUAGGAUUUAUGAGAGUAUCCUGUACAUCUGCAAUCUCCUGUGAUUUGAUUGGUCAAGGAGCUCUUAAAAAAAUCCUGAUUCUCUUAGCUGGUUGUUUGCGAUGUCUCAAGCACUGCUGAAGUAUGUCAACCUACAUCACGCUGGGCAUAGCUUCAAAACAGCAUUUGCAAACAGUUCUCUCUUUUUCCUUUUUUAGUUUUCAAUUGAACUAUUGUUUCUUGAAAUAAAUGUGACACUUAGAGCACUUCCAUUA